AUGAACAACAUUAUUACUGUCGAAUCGUGUAAUAAUACUAAUAAAUGGAACAACACAUUUUAUUUAAAAUAUUCUGAUCACCAAAUCAAUUACACCCAAAGAGCUUGUUGGGCAAUCGGAGUUAGUGGAGACGUUGUUGAUCAUGCAUUAGUAUCAAUCGAUUCAAAUCAUUACAGACUUACUGUUACUUUCGACGGAAAUCCAAGUAAAUUCAGAAUUCUUAGAGGCGACCGUGAAAAUAUUAUGAAUGAAAUUGUUACUUUAAAUGGUACUCAAAACUUUACAAUUCAUGGACUUGCCAAGGAAGAAUCAAUUAAAAACACUGCCCUCCAUUUUCAACAUAUUCAACCAGACUAUACAUUUGUAUAG